CCCCAUUUGAUGAAAUCGGUUUCCUCAUCCCACUUCAAACACAAAUAACUCUAAAGGAAACUACUAGCUCAAGGCAAACGACAGGCCCCUUGCUCUGCAAAUGGCGAUCACACGCGCCUCCUUUGCCAUUUGCCUCCUCCUCUCUUUGGCCACCAUAGCCACCGCUGAAUACUACACUCCCUCAUCUCCUCCGGUUUACACUCCACCGGCUUACAAACCAACCCUUUCACCUCCGGUUUACACUCCACCGGUUCACAAGCCCACACUCCCACCUCCGGUUUACACUCCACCGGCUUAUAAACCAACCCACCCACCUCCGGUUUACACUCCACCGGUUCACAAGCCCACGCUCCCAUCUCCGGUUUACACUCCACCGGCUUAUAAACCAACCCACCCACCUCCUGUGUAUACUCCACCAGUUCACAAGCCCACACUCCCACCUCCGGUUUACACUCCUCCGGCUUAUAAACCAACCCACCCACCUCCGGUCUACACUCCACCGGUUCACAAGCCCACACUCCCACCACCGGUUUACACCCCACCCACCUACAAACCCACUCCUCCGGUCUACACUAGACCCACUAUCCCUCCUCUGGUCUACACCCCACCGGUCUAUAAGCCAACCCUCUCCCCUCCGGUCUACACAACACCAACCAUCCCACCUCCGGUUUAUUCUCCACCAGCUUACAAACCAACCCUCCCACCUCCAGUGUACACUCCCCCGGUUUACAAGCCAACUCUCUCUCCUCCGGUCUACAAAAAGUCUCCGAGCUAUUCUCCUCCACCUCCAUAUGUCCCAAAACCAACUUAUACUCCACCCACCAAGCCAUACGUUCCAGAGAUUCUUAAAGCCGUUGAUGGCAUCAUCCUCUGCAGAAACGGUUACGAAACCUACCCAAUUCUAGGAGCAAAGGCAAAGAUUGUGUGCUCCGAGCCAGGAUCAUACGGGAAGAGCAAGAAGGAGGUUGUCAUCUACAGUGAUCCAACUGACUCCAAAGGAUACUUCCACGUGGCGUUGACCGGCAUCCUGGACAUAUUUCACUGUCGUGUCCAGCUCUACACAUCUCCUGUUGAGACUUGCAAGAUCCCGACCAACGUCAACAAGGGUCUCACCGGAGUUCCUUUGUCGAUGUACGGAUACCGUUACUACUCAGACAAGAACUUAAAGCUCUUUAGCGUCGGACCUUUCUACUUCACCGGUCCAAAGGCUGCUCCCACCCCUCCCAAAUACUGAUCAUGAUGAUCACGUUCUUAUGGUCAUGAUCUUGCAUGCACUAUAUAUGAGGCCGUUUUAAUCCAUUUAUUAUUUGAAAACUUUUCCCUUAAAAUGUUCUUUUGUUUCUUUGUUCCAAUUCCAUUUGAUUCGUUGCAUUACCAAUGCAAUCCAUAUAUCUUUUUGGUUAUGCUUUUUUUAUUUUAUUUUAUCAUAUAAUAAUUUUGUAAGAGGAAAAUCUCUCUUGGAGUUAUGCGACUGCUUAUAUCUAUAUCUAUAUAUUUCCUGGAUUAAAGUUAAUUUGGCAAAGAUUAUUUGUAAUUUUGUGGCCGCUGUGUGGACACGUGUAUACUCAAUGCAUAAACAACGAUUUGUCUAUCUUUAUAAACCCAAA